CUGGAAGCAACAAGACCCCAUCUCAUCUGGGUCAAUACCCUAGACAAAAAAUAAAGAAAAUUAGAGGGGCGAGCGCGGGGGGGACACAGGCGUGGUUGCAGGGUUAUUACAAUCAAAAGCGGCCUUUUGAAGAAAAGCCAGAGGGAUCUAGCUCUCUUUUUCCUCCCCAUCCAACUUUCUAACCGCUCAGACACGUGCACUUUUCUUUUAGAAACAUGCCCAGAGAUUAUUGACUCUUGGAUCUUUAUGUGUUUACGGUGGACUUUCUCUGAGCUUUUAGCCCCUUGCUUCAACGCUUUGAUGGUAUCUCGUGAUAUAUCUGUUUUCUAAACAUGAGACUCGAGUCAAAUUUAGAAUACCAUUACUACCAUGGUCUUCCAGAUUCUGAACAGAAAUUAGAAGAAGAUGACCAGUCCCAUCAAUGGAGGAUUACUGGUGGGUCCACCGGUAAUUCCUGUAGCAAAAAGCCUCGCCUCAACAGAUAUGCCUUGGCUUGUGCUGUCUUAGCCUCCACAAACUCUGUUUUAUUGGGCUAUGAUAUUGGAGUUAUGAGUGGAGCAAUAAUAUUCAUCAAACAAAGCCUCGAAAUCACAUCGACCCAGGUGGAGAUCUUAGUUGGUAUCCUUAACUUGUGCUCGUUGGUGGGCUCGUUUCUAUCCGGUAAGACCUCUGAUCUCAUCGGCCGGCGUUACACCAUUGUUCUCGCCGCUGCAACGUUCCUGGUGGGCGCAAUCCUGAUGGGCUUCGCGCCCUCGUUUUCGUUCCUCAUGGCCGGAAGAGUAGUUGCAGGCAUCGGAGUUGGCUACUCGCUGAUGAUAGGUCCCGUUUACGUGGCCGAGCUCUCUCCUGCUAUUUCUCGUGGCUUGCUGUCGUCGUUUCCGGAGAUCUUCAUCACCAUGGGAAUUCUUCUCGGUUACAUCUGCAACUACGCACUUUCGGGUCUUCCAGCGAACGUGAACUGGAGGAUAAUGUUAGGCUUAGCAGGGUUCCCUGCAAUUGUUGUCGCCAUUGGGGUGAUGGCGAUGCCGGAAUCCCCUCGUUGGCUUGUCAUGAAAUGCCGCCACCAGGAAGCCAAACAGGUGAUAGUAAAAACGUCUGAAACAGAGGAAGAAGCUGAACUCAGGUUGAUCGAAAUAGAAAAAGCUGCGGAACAAACAUGUCCCUCCGGCGAAAUCUUCCGGGGUGAAGGGGUGUGGAAAGAGCUUCUUUUGAAGCCGUCUCCGGCAGUCCGCAGAAUCCUAAUCUUGGCGAUCGGCAUCAACUUCUUCAUGCAAGCUUCAGGAAACGACGCCGUAGUCUACUACACCCCUGAAGUGCUGAGAGACGCUGGCAUUCACAACACCAAACACCUGGUGGGCGUGACGGUGAUCAUGGGGCUAUCGAAGACGGUGUUUGUGUUGAUCUCUGCUCUCUUCUUGGAUCAUCUUGGAAGGCGACAACUCUUGCUGGUGGGCACAGCCGGUGUGACCGUGUCGUUAGCAACCCUCGGGUUAGGCUCAAGAUAUCUCUCUAUGUCGGACGACAAUCCCACAUGGGCCAUCACGGUGUCUGUGGUGUCAGUUUGCGCCUUUCUAUCUUUCUUCUCAGUUGGGCUUGGACCCAUCACGUGGGUGUACUCGGCGGAGAUAUUCCCGACGAGACUGAGAGCUCAAGGUUCGAGCCUGGCAAUAUCAGUAAACAGGGUGGUGAGUGGGAUUGUAGCCAUGACAUUUCUGAGCGUUUCAGAGCACAUCACAUUUGCCGGAACUUUCUUUCUGCUUUCAGGGGUGAUGGCAAUUGGGACGGUUUUCUUCUACUUGUAUUUGCCAGAGACAAAAGGGAAGACCUUGGAAGAGAUUCAGUCUGUCUUUCAGGAUGAACUCAUUAAACACAGAGUCGUUUGUUAAUGAGCUUAUACAACUUGUUUUCUAUUCCUUAUGGUUUUUUAGGACAAUCAGCAUCAAUCAAGUAGGGAUUUUUGGUUUAUUAUUUUUAAGUUUAGUGGAGGAACAAAUGGCGGAAAGCUUUUCAUUCUACUUCCAACGAAUAACUUCUACAAAAAUAAUAUUUAUUUUAGUCAGCAAUCUCCUUGUGAAACAUUUUAUACAAAACUUUCAAAA